AGGGGAAAUCCAAACGGGAAUUCCCUAUCGUACAAGUCCCUUUGUGCGUUGUCUUUGUUAGAUUGAAAAUUUCCAGUUUCUACGUUGGGUGGAAAGUCCAUCGAAACAAAAACAGUAUACGUUGGGAAUUUAGCCGUUGAAGAGGUACAUAACUUGCGAGAUUUGAAUUAUAUUCUUUAUUUUUGUACACUCGAUUGUGAUAAACAGUUUUGCACUGAUCUAAACAUGGAUAUGAACGACCUAGAAGAAGACUGCUGUGCAGCACCUAUGCCUGAAAACUUCCAUAAAUUUGGACCAUCUGAUGGAAGACUGGACAAACUGAAGUCUGAAGAGAGAUUUGAUUCUGACGCUGGCCUUGGAGCCUCCAUUACUUCCCACGACAGUGGGUGCCUUACAGACAUUCGAGAUCAAAUUUUGAAACAUUCUCAAAGACGAGAGCCAACUGUAGAAGAAUCUGUGGAAGACUUUGAAAAGUUGGCUAUCGAUACGAAGGAUAACGACGAAGGAAUAUGUGAUUCUGUUCAAGAAGGUGAUCUGAGAGUCGAAGAAUCAUCUGAAAAAUUCACAGAUGACGAUUUUUUGAUUUAUGGGAGGGACGCAGAUGGCGACACUCUCCUCCACCUUGCAAUAAUUUCGGGACAUGUCAUGUUGGCAAAGGUGUUUAUAGAAGUGGCGCCAUGGACUGAGUGCUUAGAUAUAUACAACGACAAACUCAGACAAACGCCAUUACAUCUUGCCGUUUUGAUGAAACAAGUCGAGAUUGUCAGACUUUUAUUAGACAAUGGUGCCAAUCCUGAAAUGUUUGAUCACAACGGGGACACGGCGCUUCAUAUUGCAUGUCGGUCUGGAAACGUUACCAUGGUAAAAGAAAUUCUGAAACACCGAGAAUCGCGAACUGUUCAAAAUCUAGAUGUAAGGAACUAUGAAGGCUACACUUGUUUACAUGUAGCCGUUGUCGGGGGAUUUACGAAAAUUGUAGACAUUCUUUUGAAAUCGGGUGCUGAUGUGAACGUUGGGGAUGGUAAAAGUGGUGCCACCGCCCUACAUUUGGCUGCCAAAGGCAACAAAAUAGACAUUGUCUCAUCUUUAUUAGAGCAACCCAAAAUCGCCAUAGACAAUAAGAUGUACAAUGGUGUUACUCCCCUAAUGGUAGCAGUAGAGCGCCAGCGCUCUGAUAUUUCUGACCUCCUCGUGAGCCAUAACGCAGACAUUGACUUUCUUGAAUCUCUUACUUCGAGUGAGGAAGAAGAAGAAACAUAAAGUGUUUAUUUGUACAUAAUAAAAACUUAAAUUCUCAGGGAGGCUCUGUGAUGUACAUUUUUUCUUUCGUACUUCUGCACUCAGUCAACCCGGCUGUAGGGCUGUGAUUGGCUGAGAGUGUAUCCGGGGAAUUUAUUAUUUAUCAUACUUAUCAUGCUUAUAUAAUUUAGCUAUUAAAGGGUCUUUUCGAUCUGCCGUCAUUGAAUCGGCAAGGUUGGAUUGACUUCCGCUAUUGUAGUGUAGUUGACAUUCAAUAGAAAAUGUAGUUGGAAUAAAUUAAUGCCAUAUUGUU